CGCCAUUUUCAUCCACCAAUAGAAUCGAAGUUUGAAGCCGCGCUGUGUAUAAAAGCAGGAUUUGGCGCCAAAUUCGACAUUUCCGACUCUGUCGUGAUCGACUUUUCUUCGUUAUGGCUCGUACAAAACAAACUGCUCGUAAAUCUACCGGAGGGAAGGCUCCCAGAAAACAAUUGGCAACCAAAGCGGCUCGUAAGAGUGCUCCGGCUACCGGGGGAGUGAAAAAACCUCACCGUUAUCGACCGGGUACGGUAGCUUUGAGAGAGAUUCGUCGUUAUCAGAAGUCGACCGAAUUGCUGAUCAGAAAACUUCCUUUCCAGCGUUUGGUGCGUGAAAUCGCUCAAGAUUUCAAGACAGACUUGCGAUUUCAGAGUUCGGCCGUUAUGGCUCUUCAAGAGGCGAGUGAAGCUUACUUGGUUGGACUUUUUGAAGACACCAAUCUGUGCGCUAUCCACGCCAAAAGAGUUACCAUUAUGCCCAAGGAUAUUCAGCUUGCCAGAAGAAUCCGCGGAGAAAGAGCUUAAUUUAUCUUUUUAAUGGAAAAGGCCCUUUUCAGGGCCAAACAACUUUGGUAAAGAGGGUCGAAAAGUACAAAAUCUAAAGAAUUAAGUUUUUUUUUAAUCAAUUGUGCUUUGUGAUAACUUUUAACUUUAUUCCUGAAAAUGUAUGCCAGUGGUAUUAAGAAUUUCCACUGAUUCAAUGUUUAAUCUUUAAGACUGGGAAAGAGUACUCUUAUACAACUUUCCUACAAAGUAUUUAAAUAAAAUUAUUUCAAGUGUUCUUAGGAGAAUCUUAUUCCACUCUAAAUAUAAAUAAGUGGUUUUGUUUUUAAAAAUAUUUAAAUUUACAAAAACUCCAUUUAGAUACUAGAAGCAAGGAUCAAAUCUUCAUAGUAGUUUAAAUUUAUAUGUAAUGUGCUUAACUAAAUUUUUCAUUAACAUUUCAGUGAUCCCAUACUGAUACUAUAGAAUCAAUGACCAUUUAACAAAAUUCCUUGAGACCAGUGUUCCACAAAAAAUUUUAAGUUAUUGCAAAUUAAUUAAAUUGCCAUAUUCAUAGACAAUUCCUUGUUUUAUGUAAUACAUUGUUUAUUGCUUCAUUGUUUCCUGAGAGUAGUAAACAUCAAUUUUUGAAUGUUUAUUGUAAUGCUCUGUGUAGUAAGUACCUGAAUUGUAUUUAGUGGCCUCCAAAGGUUGAGAACCACUGCUUAAAAGCUAGACAAAUCUAUAUUUCAAAACAUUGACUUUAAGCAGACAAGC